UAUCACGGUACAAAAUAUUAUUUUAACGCUAUCUGCAGCUUCUGGUUUGCUUCCGAAUGUUAAUUAGGAGGUGUGUUUAUGAGAAUACUUCAAAGGAGGAUAUUCCAAAGCUGUUUCCGGAUGAAGUUCUGCCUGAAUUGCAAAAACUGUUGACACUUCUGUUGCAGAAGUUUCAGCUCGAGUGGCAAGAAGAUGUGAUGAAAGAUCAAAAUAUUGUGCCUAGAUUAAAGGCGAUGACAUGGAAUAUGACAAAUCUGGAGAAAGGAUCAGCAGACCCUGCAGCGGUUAUUGAUUUGAAGCUUCAAAAUGUUGGUCCAUUUCAGUCGGGAGUUCAAGAUGUAAAGUUCCAGUUGGCUACAGAUUCUAUAGGUAUGAUGCUGAAAACCAUGCACUGUAUUAGAGACCAGUUUUCUACCAUGGUAAACAUUAGACUGCAGUUAGAACUUUUAUCCAGAUUGGAUUUUAUAAUGAGCUCGCUAUAUGUUGUCAGGAUGAGGCACUAAAUGGGCAUUAGCACCAGUAAACUGAAGGAGUUUCUUAGAACUUGUUUUUACAAGGAAUGGUAUGUUUGACUAAUUUGUUGCAUUUUGCUUUUAGAUUUACUCAGUAUGCUUGUUAUUGAAAAAAAUUGGCCAAAUUUAAAGUGCUGAAGUACUUGUGUUUGAGAACUUAACUUGAGCAC